AUGGGCGUCUGGACCUCAGGCACCAACAUCUUCUUAAGCCUCUGGGAGACGUAUGUGUCUCCAAGAAGCCCUGGAUGGGUGGCCUUUACCCAACACGUGGGCGUUUGCUGUUUUGUCGCUUUCAUUUCCGUGGGCCUCCUCUCCGGGGCCUUCUGCUGGUUUCUGUCCUCACUCAUCGUCUUCAUCACCUCCUGGAUGGCCACGUGUGCUCUGCUGUGCUGCUCCAAGCACGCACGGUGCUUCCUUCUGCUCUUCUUCCUCUCGUGCGGCCUGCGUGAAGGCAGGAACGCGUUGAUCGCUGCGGGCACCGGGGUGGUCAUCUUCGGACACGUGGAAAAUAUCUUUCACAACUUUAAAGGGCUCCUGGACAGUAUGACUUGCAACCUGAGGGCAAAGAGCUUUUCCAUCCAUUUCCCACUUUUGAAAAAAUAUAUCGAAGCCAUUCGGUGGUUGUAUGGCCUUUUCACUCACCUGAAUCUAUUUGAUGAUCUUGUGUCUUGGAACCAGACCCUGGAGGUCUCGCUUUUCAGUCCCAGCCAAGCCCUGGAGGCUCAGCUCAAUGACACCACGGACAGAGCCCUGGGGGUCUUGUACCAGAUGGUGACGGCGACGGAGGUGCUGUGUUCCCUGGGGCGGCAGGUCCUUGCCCUCACGGGGCUGCUGCUGCUGCUGCUUGGCACCGGCCUCUUCAUGAAGCGAUUCUUGGACCCUUGUGGCUGGAAGUUUGAGAACAUCUACCUCACCAGACAAUUUGUCCAGCUGGACGAAAGGGAGAGGUGUGAACAGAGGCCCUGUGUCCUCCCGCUGAAUAAGCAGGAAAGGAAGAAGUAUGUCCUCGUCCCGUCUUUCUGGCUGACUCCUAAAGACAGGAGGAACCUGGGGCUCUUUUUCUUCCCGGUUCUUACCCACCUCUAUAUCUGGUUGCUGUUUGCAGCCAUAGAUUAUCUGCUAUACUGGCUCAUUUUCUCCAUGAGCAAACAUUUCCAAAGCUUGCCCGGGCUCCAGGUGCACUUGAAACUGCACAGACAGGAACAAGGGACUCAAGACAUCAUCCAUGAUUCUUCCUUUAAUAUAUCUCUGUUUGAACCGACCUGCAUCCCUAAACCGAAGCUCUUUCUGUCUAAGACCUGGAUUCCUCUCAGCAUCAUUCUUGUGAUACUAGUGACACUAGGACUGUUGUCCUCCGUCCUGAUGCAACUUAAAAUCCUGGUGUCAGCAUCCUUCUACCCAAGCGUGCAGAGGGAGCGCAUGCAAUACCUCCACACGAAGAUACUGAAGAGAAGAUCAAAGCAGCCAGUGGGAGAAGGAAAAGGGAAACUGAGUCUGUACUUUACAAAGAUUCAUUUCUGGCUUCCGAUCUUAGAAGUGAUUGGGAAGAAACAAAUGGACAUUGCCGGUGAAGACAACCCAGCAGAGACCCCACACAGCUCUUCGUCCACCCUGUGCCAGCGAUUCUUCUCAAGGCUACUGACUGCAGCCCGUUCUCAUCCCCAGCAAGAGAGAACUGCACAGCAGGGUCCUUCAGCGGCUUGCGUUUGCAGGGUCAAGCCACUUUUUUCCAUAAAGGGCUCCCAGGUAAAUGGUGAAGCUGUCUGUCUCACAGACCAGACACGUGGUCUGGACUGUGUGUCUGUGUAACAGGACAAUAACCCAGGCCCUGCAAGGAUGAGUCUCAGCAUAGAUUAAUAUUCAAAGAAAAAAACUGGAAAAAAUCAAAAUCUCUACUAUAGACUCACCAGCAAAUAUGAAGGGGAGCAUACAUGUAUGAUGCCAGGAAAAUAUCUUUCAGUGCUUCUGUCCCUUCUCUGCCCUCCUUAACAUCCUUCAUGGCUAUUUCCUAUUCUCACAACUGUCUGUCUGCCUUCUGCACCCUUAUUCAAGAACUCUUUCCAAAACCCAUCACCAGCAGCUCCCAAGUUCUUCCCACCAUCUCCUCUCUCCUACCCUCUACUUUCCUGGGUCUCUUUGGUUUUUCCUCUUUUACCAAAUCUUCCAGCCACAUUUAUUUAGAGAACACAUUUAUUAAAAUCAUAUGAAAGACUGGUUACAAUGUUCACCUUGGGCCUCUUUUUCAUGAUACUCAAUGUAUACCAUGUAGCACAGAGACAUAUUUCCCCGAUAAUACCUAAGGAAAAAAAAAUACUGAUUCUGUUUUCUCUAUGGUGUCCGAGUAGGAAAGAAAGAAACAUCAAAUUUUUUAAACUUUUCAUUUUGAAAAUUUUUCAGACUUACAAAAACGUUGCAAAAUAGUACCACGUUCCAUCUACCCAUCACCCCUCAUCUCCGAAAGUUACCAUCUUACAUAACUGCAGCACAACUGUUGAAACCAGGUAAUAGCAUUUGGAAAAUGCAGAAUCUAUAAAACUCAUUGGAUUUUCACCAAUGUCCCACUGACAUCCCACUAAUGUCCCAAGGACUGGUCCUUGAUCCAGUCCAGGCUCACGCAUUGUAUUUGUUUGUUAUAGUUCCUUACUCUCGUCUGAUCGGGGACAGUUCCUUAGUGUCUCUUUCUUUUUCUUUCAUGACCUUGACACUUCUGAAGAGUGCUGCCAGUUAUUUAGUAAAAUGUCCUUUGACUUGGGUUUGUCCGAUGUUUCCUAGUAAGGAAACCCCGGAGACGUAUUUUUUAGCAACAGUACCACAGAAGUGCUGACAUGCUCACCUCAAUGCACGAGAUCAGUGUAGGUCGUGCUGACACGCCUCGUUACUGGUGAGGCAACCUUUCUUCGCUUAGUUAAGAUGGGGUCCGCAGAUUCUUCCACUGUUGAAGUCAUUAUUUUCCCUUUGUAAUGAGUAAGUAUGUUGUGAGGAAAUGCUUCGAGACUAGGCAAACAUCCUGUUUCUCAUCAUACAUUUACCUUUUAGAUUUUGCAUUCAAGGAUGCAAAACAGUGCCAGCCAAAUAGUGAUAUUCUUUCUUUUUUUAAUGGUGAUUUUCUAUUUUCAUAAUAUCUUCUACAUUUUUAAACUGAAAUUCUACAUUAUCCCUAGAAAGAAAUUUUUUUUUUUUCAAAGACAACUUUCGUUUUGGGCACUGGUGUAGGCAUUUUACACAUGUGAUCUCAUUUAUGUUUCAUGACAAUCCUGUGAGGUUGGUAGUAUUAUUUCUAUCUUCUUGAUGGGGAAAGCUUACCCUCAGAAACCCUGACUUAUCUUGCCUAGAAUGGGGUCUUGGCUUCCGCAUGUUUCAAGUUCCCAGAUGAUUCUAACGGUCAGCCAGCCCUGAGAACCAUCAUUCCAGGAAGUUUUACAUUGCAGUUCUUUCAAUACAGGUUGUCAACAGUGAAAUUUCUCUAGCAGAAGGAUCCUACAUUAGAAUUCUGAGUCAGCAUUUCCCAAAAUGUGUUCCUCAAACCACUAAUCCCUUAGUUGUUUCAUAAAAGAGAUAAAUGAUGUUAAUAAAUCCAUAUCAGCUGCCUUCCAAACUUGAAGAUCCAUAAAGCAUGUUGGCAUAAUUUUUAAGAAUUAAAAGAAACCCUAUAAUAAUAGAUCUUUGAGAAACCCUAUAAUAAAGGAAUAUGUAAUUUUGUUUCAUCCCAAAUUUUCUCAAAUUAUUAGACUUUGGUACGAUUUUAACUGUAAUAACUAUUAAUAACACAUAGGACCAGCUCUAGAGCCCAAACUCUGAUAAGAGCUGAUUUAAUUAGCGUAACUUUUUGACCAAAAAGACCUGUGGUGAAGAUAAAUUUGUAGUUUUGGAUUUUAUAAAUAUUCUAA